AUGAGGAUCCAGCUAGCAGUACUGCUCACCGUAGCUGUCAGCAUCGCGGCCGCCUGUCUCAUCACCAACUGUCCCCGUGGGGGCAAGAGGGCCGGCCUGCAACACAGGUGCGCGCCGUGCGGCCCCGGAGGGCAGGGUGUGUGCCUGGGCCCACACAUCUGCUGCGGCCCCCGCAUGGGCUGCCGGCUGGCCAGCCCCGCGGACACCGCCGUCUGCCGCUCCACGCCGCCCUGCCCCCUGGACAGCCCCGAGAUGCGCUGCGCCGGCGGCGUCGGACGCUGCUCUGCGCCGGGAGUCUGCUGCUUCAAGGGUGAGCCACGUGGCCAGGUUCGCGUCCCCGUCCCGAUCGGGUCCUCAUCAUUUAAUCUCAUCUUUAUCGACGCGCUGAAGAGCCCUCAAACAGAAGGACCUUCGUUCUCAUUCUUGUGA